CAAAGGGUAUCAAAAGUGGAGUACUAAACUCUUUGCUCGUAACUACACGUGUGACUCCGCUUUGUAUGCGGUAAAUUUAAAAGUCAACAUGUGUCAGUGCUAUCGUCAUGCUUUUGUCUGACAAAUAAGUUUCUGCUCUUAUGGAAGCAGGAAACAAUGUAGCUCGUGGUAAAUAAAUGACUGCUUUGGACCGGUAUUACGAUACACUUAAAAUGCAGAAACAAGUGGAGAUAAGAGUUAAUAGUUUGUCGAUAUGAUACAGGACGAAACGUAAUAUUCGACAGAAUAUUCGUGUCUAUCACCGAUUCACCAAUAAUAAGCCGAAUCGUGCGUCACGUUUUAUUACCUUCUCACAAACUGUAAUAAUAUUAUGCUUAAUCAACUAGGAAACUGAAGUUCCUCCAAAGCAUCGACUGACAGUGUGCCUGAAUUAACAUUCACAAUGCAGAGAUCUAUAAAUGCAGCGGUGAAUGAUUAUACAGAGAUUGUGAGGCGGUUAUCGUUUGGCCAAAGAUUGGCAUAUGGCGUUGGACAUGUAUUGAAUGACAUAUGUGCUUCCAUGUGGUUUACGUACUUAUUGGUAUUCUUUCAUCUUGUUUUGGAAUUCGAUGCAUUUUAUUCAGGAGUAAUAUUACUUAUUGGCCAAAUAGCAGAUGCUGUAGCGACCCCUUUUGUCGGUUUUCAUUCCGAUAAACAUGAUGAUUUUUGGUUAUGUCGAUAUGGCAAACGCAAGACUUGGCAUUUAUUUGGGACUAUUUGUGUUCUCCUGGCUUUUCCAUUUAUAUUUUCAUCGUGCAUCAAUUGUGAAACAGCACAUCAAUGGGCACAAUUAAUUUACUAUGCUUCAUUUGUGAUAAUAUUUCAAUUUGGUUGGGCUGCCGUUCAAAUUUCUCAUUUGUCUUUAAUACCGGACCUUACUCCUACGGAACAAGAAAGAACGGAACUGACAGCUCUAAGGUAUAGUUUUACGGUAUUCUCUAAUAUACUAGUGUACUGCAUUGCUUGGGCAGUUCUUCAUGUAACUAAUGAUGUUCCGGGCUCACAAAUAGGACCAACGGAUGUACAUAAAUUUCAGAAAGUAUUAUUUAUUGGAUUAGGAGUAGGUUUUGGAACAUCCCUAAUCUUUCAUAUUUUUGUAAAGGAGACGGCUGCUAAUAAUUCUGGAGGAUUAUUGAGGCAAAGUACGCGUUCCGUGACCAGUAUAUUAAAAGAUGCACAAAUGUAUCAAGUGGCACUGGUUUACAUGCCAACCCGACUAUUUGUAAAUUUAUCACAAAUUUAUGUACCUUUGUACUUACAUGAAACUCUCCAUAUGGCUGCUACUUCUUUGGCAGUCAUACCAUUAACAAUAUUCCUCAGCAGUUUUAUGACGUCUUUAAUUAUCGAAAGAUUAAAUACGAGAUUAGGACGAAAAAUCUCAUACUUUAUUGGAGUUGUCGUUGCCUUGUGUGCUUGUGUAUGUAUAUGGCUUGGACAAGGCAGUGCAUACGUUACAUACGAAAUUUAUUUAGUAGCUAUUUUACUAGGAAUGGGAGGUUCGAUCAUGCUGGUCACCAGUCUUGGUGUAACUGCAGAUUUUAUUGGAUUCUGUUCAGAUACGGGAGCUUUUGUAUAUGGUGUCAUGAGUUUUUCGGAUAAACUCUGCAAUGGAUUAGCUGUUAUCGUGAUACAAUCUGUGCGUUGUACAAGUAAUUGCUCGAGUUACUAUAGAGAUGUAAUCGCUUUCGUUUGUGGAGCUGCUGCACUUUUUGGUUUAUUAGUGAUCAUUUUCAUUAAACCAUUUACUUACAACGAUGGGUUUAAUAAUUUAUAUUAUGAGAAUUCAAUGGAUUAUCCACCAAUAUCAGCCAUAACUACAGAUGAAACUUCUAAUGAUGUUACGAGCCCAACAAGACAAGACAUAAGUGACUGAUUUUAGUUUAUAUAAAAUUAAUUGCACAGAGCAGUUCAAAUUAGUUUUGGUGCAGUGGUAUUUAUGGAGCGCACAUUAGAAAAAUUUUUUUUUUAUUCGGCUGCGCCGAUAUUAGUAGUAACAUAAUUUAUAGAAAUGUAAUUAGAGCACAAAGGGCGUAUACGCUUUUUAGGAUCGCAUGUUAGUGCAAUUAAAAGGUUUAUUAUUCGUCGACGACAAUAUAGAUUAAGAUAGAUGGACUUCUGGCGAGUGGAUUCUGUUAAAUAAGAAUGAGAAGAAAUUUAUUGAUUUGAAUAUAUCUGUAUAUAUGCAUAUAGAAUCUUUACUUUUAACACGAAGAACGUGUUGGAAGUAUGUCUGCAUGGUGCUUAGUUAAAAAUACGGGUUAAUGGUGCUCAGUAUGUCUUAUAAAUUUGGUUUGUAUUUAAUACAUAACGGUUUACUUAGUGGUAUCAAAUACUACGCUCUUAUUUAACAUGGGAAUCUAUAAAUACUGAAUGUGAGCACUAGAUAAUCUAUUGCAAUUGAUGCCAGAAGUAUAUCUAGGUUGUGCCUACCUCCUGCUGACAAUAGCAGUUUUUUUCCUCUGACACAAACAAUGAAAUCAAGGUCCGAAUGGGAACAUAUUGCUCAUGCCCGUAUUUACGAAUUCAUAGUAUUCAACUAGCUUUAAUAAUAUUUUUAAAUAAAACAGACUAAAGCUGUAUAAAAAUGGUGUUACGAACAACUAAUAAAUGUUAACCGAGUUGCCACAAGGUU